CCACACACGGAGAGACCCCAAUCCUUUCUUUCUCUUUAAUUACAGCAAGCUUUCAUUUUCUCACUCCUUCUCUCUACAAUCAUACACAUUAUUCGUUCAUGGAAGUGCCUGAAUACUUUGUCGGUGCCUACUUCGCCUCCGGAGGGGACCAUUUCUCUCCGGAAAAGCGCCAUUCUGACCAGAAGCCUGCCGAGCCUUUUGCCGUCGACGACCUCCUUGACUUCUCCCAUGCCGACGCUAUCAUGUCCGAUGCUUUCCUUGAUAAUGUCGCCGGCAACUCUACCGACUCAUCUACCGGCACUGCUAUUGACAGCUGCAACUCCUCAGUUUCUCGUGUCGACAACCGUUUCUCCGCCAACUUUGGCCCUCGUCCCUUCGGCGAUCAUCAGCUGUCUGGCGAACUCUGUGUGCCGUAUGAUGACAUGGCGGAACUGGAAUGGCUAUCGAACUUCGUGGAAGACUCGUUCACCGCACAAGACGAGCUGAAAACACUCCACCUUUUAUCCGGCACCACCACCGCUUCCGCAUUUGGCGCCAAACCUCAGACUCCAGAAUCUUCCUCCUCUUCCGAAACCCUCCCGCCUUUCGCUCCCGAUGCAGCUCGGAACGCACCGUUUUUCCGUCCGGAAACUCCAUUGCCAGGCAAAGCACGGAGCAAGCGCUCACGCGCCGCUCCUGGAGAUUGGUCCACGCGCUUCCUCCAUCUCGUAACGCCAGGACCGCACGACCAGACAACCACAACGGAAGCCAAACCGGUGCAAGCUAAGGCGACGGCAGUUAAGAAGAGGGAGAGCUCAAAUUCCGAUUCCUCAGGGAGGAAAUGCCUGCACUGUGCCGCCGAGAAGACUCCGCAAUGGCGGACAGGCCCGAUGGGUCCGAAGACGCUGUGCAAUGCUUGUGGAGUCCGGUACAAGUCCGGCAGGCUGGUGGCCGAGUAUCGACCGGCGGCUAGCCCGACGUUCGUGUCGACGAGGCACUCGAAUUCUCAUCGGAAGGUCUUGGAGCUGAGGAGGCAGAAGGAGCUGCAAAGGCAGCAGCACCAACAACUGAUGAGCCAAGCAUCCAUUUUCGGCGUAUCCAACGGCGGAGACGAGUUCUUGAUCCAGCAUCACGGUGGGCCCGACUAUAGGCAUAUCAUCUAGGGACUGCGAACGCAGUAACAGUAAAUUAGGGUGGAGCUCCAAGCCGAACGGGCAAACUUCUACUAGUCUGGGGGGAAAACUUUUGUGUUAAAAAUUUUGAAUUUUUUUUAGGUCCUUCAUAAUUUAGCAUAAGUCAGAUAAUUGGGGAAAAAAUUGUAGAAUUAAUCAAGGGGAGG